UUUCCUUCGUAAUAAGUCGGCAUUUGAUCACAUUUAAACUUCUUUGUAGCAUCUAGUAACUAGUCAAUUAAAUAGUUUACAAACUGUAAAACCAUUAAGGAAAACAUAAUUAUUUCACGGUAAAUUUAGUGAAUGAAAUUGUGUUUAAAAAUGUGUACCUAUAUAUUUGUACAUCAAAAAAACACGACGUAAAAAAAUGAACGCAGGCAUAGUUAGAUAAAUAUUUUUAUUCUCGUUUGUUUUAAAGUGAUAAAAUUCAUGUAAUUUGCAACAUUCCCAGAAAAUACUAUUUAAAACUUAAGACUCUCCUAAUUAAAGAAAAUGAAGGUACACUUUCGUGAACAAUAUGGUUCUAAAGGAGAGGAAGUUCUCUAUAUUACACCAGCAGAUCAAAAUAACAUUGUUCGCGUACCUUUGCGCAGCGAUAAAUUGGUAAUACAGGAGAAAUUUUUUCUUUUCCGAAUACUCCAGAAAAUCUUCUUACCGAAAGGCUAUCCAGAUAGCGUCAGCGAAGAUUACGCGUCAUAUCAAGUAUGGGAUACUAUACAGGCAUUUUGCAGCACCAUAUGUGGUACACUUUGCACCCACGCCAUUCUGAAAGGAUUAGGUGUGGGUAAUGAUAACAUAACAGCUUAUUCAGCUACAGUCACUUGGAUUCUUAAGGACGGUAGUGGACACAUAGGUCGUAUCUUAUUCUCAUGGUGGAAGGGCUCGCAGCUGGAUAUUGAUUCAAAAAAAUGGCGCCUAAGAGCAGAUUUUCUGAAUGAUUUAGCCAUGGGAAUUGAAAUAUAUGUGCUUCCAAAGUACCAAUUUUUCAGUACGCACUUAUUGUGUGUCACAACUGUACUAAAAGCUAUUGUUGGUGUUGCAGGUGGUGCAACUCGUGCCGCACUUACGCAGCAUCAUGCAAUUCGGGGCAACUUAGCUGACGUAGCCUCGAAAGACAGUUCGCAAGAGACGUUCGUAAAUUUGAUAGCUUCAUUCGUAGGUCUUUAUUUGUUAACGCUUAUUAAAAGUCAAAGCAUAUUGUACACCGUUUUUAUAUUUAUUAUCACAACUCAUCUUUAUGCAAACUUAAAAGCUGUCAAAGCUGUCUGCUUACGUACAUUCAACGAGUCACGUUAUUUAAUUGCUUUGGAAGAGUACUUCCGAUCUGGGCGAAUGUUAACACCUCAGCAGGUUAAUAAAAUGGAGCGCGUUACUAUAGGACAAACAGUUUCUGUGUCGCUAAAUAUUUAUAUAGGCUUAUCAAUCAGAGCUCUCAUCGAUGAAUAUAAAACGACUCACGCGGUUGAAAACAUAAUUUCGUCUUUCGAUCCACACGAACGUUUUAUUAUUGCUGAAAGUAAUAAAAAUAUAGGUGUGUAUUUGCAUUUUGAUGCACGGGCCCAAGAUGUCCUAAAAGCAUAUUUCUUCGCCGUAUCCUAUUUGCAAGAUCGUAAUCAAACCAAAGACAAAUAUUGGGAAAUUCAGUCUAAAUGGCAAGAGUUCGUAACGUUGGCACAAAAAGAGGGCUGGAUUACUACUCAGCAUUUACUGAUGGUGGACGAAUAUCGACUGGACUGGAAGGCAUAAAAUAAAACAUAGUACAUUAAUGAUAAAAAUGAAUUAAUUGAAAAAUACAAAAUUUUAAGUUUUGUAGGUCAAUCAAUUACACGAUCUCAAGCAGAAUCUUCAGUUUACAUGCACUAUACAAAAUCUUGUUUCAAAAUAUAAUAUUAUCAAAAGGAUUUUACUUUAUUUUAUAAAAGCCGUGUUAUUCUGAUAUAUUUGAUAUUAGAAUUUAAGAAAGUGAUAUGCACAUAUCUCGUAAAAACCAAAACUAGCACUAUAAAUAAAAAAGAAAAUAUUUCUACAAGUA